AUGCAGAUUGUUAGAGCCAAAUAUGGCAAAAAUAGCAGUUUACUUCAUUUAGACAAACUGAAAGAAGAUAGUUCUUGGGUUUGGAGAGGUAUUUAUUCUGGUAUUGAAAUUGUUCAACAGCAUUCUACGUGGAUAGUUCAAUGUGGAACUAAAAUAAACAUCUGGCUAGAUAAUUGGAUUAUUGGAAUUAAUAAUCCGCCUGUCCCUAUUAUGGGUCUUUCUAGCAUUGUCAAUUUUACUCUUUAUGAAUGUUCCUAUAACUGGAGAAGAUUAUCUUAUUUGGAAACCAGAUUAAAAAGACAGGUUAAUGACACCAUUAGUAAUGACCCUAUUCCAAAAGAAGUUUGGAAGAAUCUAUGGAAGACUAAAGUUUCUCACAGAGUGCAGCUCUUUGUUUGGAAAUGCCUCAAAGAUAUUGUCCCUGUUAGGGAUAUAAUAUCUAGAUAUAAAACUGAUGUAGAGCCUCACUGUGUUUUAUGCAAUCACAAUACUGAAACUAUUGCUCAUCUGUUAAUUGAUUGUCCUUAUGCUAAGGAAAUUUGGAAUGGUUUGAAUAUUGAUAUUUCUGCUAUAUCUUAUCUCUUUGCAUCUUUUCAGGAUUGGGUUAUAACCGGGUUUUCUACAGGUAGCAAUGAAGACUAUCAAAUGGAAUUUGCUACUGAUCUAAAUGUGAUCAGAUUUAUUGUAUCAUCUGGUACAUCUGAAAAGACAGAUCAAUGUGAAUUUGCUUUUAGCCAUGUCACAACAAACAAGAACAGUACUUUGUCUAUAAAGAAAUGGAUUCCUCCAGAGGAAGGAUUCAUCAAAAUUAAUAUUGAUGCUUCAUAUAUGUUUGAUACAAGGAAAGGUAGCAUUGGACUAAUUACUCGUGAUUUUGCAGGUAAAGCCGUAGGAGUUAAAGGAUGGAACUUUGAGGAAGAGGUGGAAGCUGAGGUUGGACCUGAACAUUUUGAAUGUAAAGCUCUAGUCAAAGCUGUGGAGUGGAUGGAAGACGAUGGCUAUAAUAAAGUGAUUUUCGAGAUGGAUUGCGAAAAUGUAGUAAACUCUAUCUGCAGAGAUGACUCGGUUGUGUACUGGUUCAAUCAACAUUUGAUUUUAUCAGUUAAGAAUAAAUUUUUUAGUAAAAAUAAUUGGUUUUGUAAGACAGUCAAUAGUCUAGGUAACAGUGUGGCUCAUGCCCUGGCAAGAAAGGCCAGGGUUGAUGUCCAGGAUUUUUCUUUCCAUUUGAAUUAUCCCCUGACAUCAGUUGGAUAG